AUGGGCCACGACGAUGGGGAAGAGGAUAUAGCCAAGUUCACUGUGCCUCACUUUGGUUCACCAUCAUCUGCUGCCAACAUGAGAGACAAUCGUUUGUGCCCGGUCUACGGCAAGAAGCGGAACGCCUGCAGCUACUGUCGCUACCAAAGAUGUGUAGAGAUGGGUAUGUCUAGGGACGCCAUCAAGACUGGACGCUACUCACACAGAACCAGAACCCAGUACGCUAUCGAGAUGGAGAAGAGCAAGGUUAAGGAGGUGAAUCGCGCCGAGAAGGAGAGGUAUGAAGCCCUCUUGGUAGAUCUGCGUGAGCACGAGAUGCGACAUCCGCCUCUGCAGACCCCGGUGGAGAACAAGCGUCUGCUGGAAGGUUGGCAGUCGGCCAAGGAAGACCUCUCCCUGACCAUGCAUGACGCAGAGAUGACAGAGAAGUGGUUGAGGAAUUACAUCAGCUACGCCAAAAAUGUACCCGGCUUCAAGGAGCUGGCUCUCUCUGACCAGGCCUCCCUGGUCAGAGGGUCGUGGUUCGAGUUCUGGUUUCUAGGGGCCUUCAGAGGUUACAACUCCAAACUGCAAGUGGUGGCCUACCCCAACGGCCGCUGUUUUCACAAAGAGGAAAUCAAGAAGGUGUUUGGUGAGGAGUACACCAACUUCUCCUUCGAGCUGGCUGAUAGAAUGAGGUCGCUGGACGUGACCCCGGACAUUUUGGUCUUGAUAAAAACAGUGUGCUUGACCUUUCCGGACCGGACCACUCUGAACGACAAGCAGGCGGUCAACGACAUGCACUGGAUGAUGGUGUCCUGUCUGCUACACACGCUGGAGAAACUGAAACCUGGUGAUAGCUACAUCUUCCCUUUAGUGGUCAGCAAAUUAGUAGAGCUCAGGUCACUGACUGACGUCGCCAUGCGGGCUCACAAGAGUGCACUGUUUCAGGACGUGCUCAAGGAGAGCCCCCUACUGUGUGAGAUGGUGGACACCAAGACCAGGUAUGUCCAGGGAGUCCAGAAGAAUGUAGUGUCGGUGACUGGCGAUUCUUGA